AUCUUGAUAUUUUUUUACACAGUGCAAGAGCAGCCAGGCCCUUUUUCUUUACCUAUCUAGUAUCUAUACUAUAAGAACAAAUGCAUAUUCACUUAUCAUAAUAUUCUUCAUCUGUAAUAACCAUUGCCUCAACAUUUUUUCAUGUCUCCUUUUCUGUUUCUAAUUUUACUUUCAUUUGGGUUCAUUCAUGACCAAGUUCUUCAAGUAUUGUCACACACCUUGUAAUUUUUGUAGCUUAAUCUAGUGUUAAGAAAGAAGAUUACCCUUUAAAUUUCUUGUUUUUCUAGCAUAAUCAGUUUUUUUUCCUAUCUAAUGGCCUUUGGCCCAUCUCAUAAAAUUUUCGCCAUAGAUUUUAAGUUUUAGUUCUUUCUUAGCCAGUUUGUACUUUGUAUCUUAGCAUUGAUAGUAGUGUUUAAAGGUUUGUAGUUGAGUUGGUAAGAGACAGUUUCCUGAUUAGCCAAUUCUAAUAAGGAGUUUGCAUUGCUAUAAAUAAAAGAUUGAGCUUUGCAAGUUAUGGAAACAUUGUAUCCAGCUUCACAUACUUUCAGCUCAAGUUACUUGAUGCAAGAUUGCAAGAGCACAAUUUGGACUAAAGAAGAGAACAAGAAGUUUGAAAGUGCUCUUGCAUUGUUUGAUAAGGACACCCCGGAUCGAUGGAUAAAAGUUGCAGACAUGAUUCCUGGGAAAUCAGUUUUAGAUGUGAUGAAACAGUAUCAGAAUUUGGUAGCUGAUAUUACUGAUAUAGAAGCUGGUUUAGUCCCCCUCCCAGGAUACCUGGCUUCUUCCUGCACACUGGAAUUGAUGAAGAAUGGCGAGUUUAACGGGUUUAAAAAACGCCCUAUGGGAUGUAGAUCCUCUGAUCAGGAGAAGAAGAAAGGCGUUCCUUGGACCGAGGAUGAGCACAGGCGGUUCUUGAUGGGGCUCCAGAAGCAUGGUAAAGGGGAUUGGAGGAACAUUUCGCGUGAUUUUGUAGUUACGAAGACAUCAACUCAAGUGGCAAGUCAUGCUCAGAAAUAUUACUUGAGACAGCAGCUUGCAGAAGGUAAAGAAAAGAGGAGGCCUAGCAUCCAUGACAUCACGACGGUCCAUCUUACAAGUGAUGCUCAAUCCGACAAUCACAAAUUCGCCUCUCAUGACAAGUCUGCCUUGAUUCCAUUGCCGGAAAAGUGCAUUACAGCACCGAAAAUGUUUCUUGACUGGAACCACUUGGAUAAUGGCUCAAUCCUGGACUGCAGCUCGACGUAUAAUGACCUAUGUGUGCCAUAUUCGCAGGAGAGUGCUCUGCGUGAUUUUAAAGUUCAGAAGGGUGGCGCCCGUGUAGCUGACUUCGGGCUUCUGGAUUUAGGAUUUCAGUUCCAGUCAACCAAAUAUCAGAUUUGGUGAAGAGAGCGCGAUAUCAAUAGUCAAGCAGUUGAUUAAAAUGCAAAAGAUCUUAUGUCAGUUAUCUUACAAGUACUUUUUACAAGACUAGAAAUGGAUUCAGUUCAAGCUGUGGUAGCUUUAAUUUGUUAUGAGACUAUUGAAUGUGUGUAUAUAUAAAUUUCUACUUACUCACAAUUGCUUUUA